GUCGUGUAAAUGAAGUUGAAUGGCGGCCCGGUUCCGUCUUACAUGCGUCCGAAUAACCGGGGCGUGGUUUACCGAAGAGUCAGUCCUGUCAGAUCUGGAUCGUGGGGCGGCACCGAAGCUCCGGGGCGGAAACUAGAGGUGAUGUCAAGAUAGACGAUGAUAACCGUCAGUAAUUGCCACUUUUGUCAGCCAAACACCGUCACAUCGCCAUGAACCAUUGAAAUGUCGCCUUCGUUAAUGUCUGCAUAAAUGAUUCCAAAUCCUUACACACUCCUUAUAAACCUAUCUCGUCCCCAAACAUAACGUUCCGCCGUUGAUGCUCUGUCGCAACGCCCUACGCAGAGCUGUCCCGCGCUCACCACCAGCAUCACAUCUACCAAGACUCAAGCAGAUGGCUGCCCAUAUUUCUAAUGGUAACGGCGCAUUAUCGCCAGCGUCCAGCUACGAAGGCGCGACACUUGCGGAUCUUCCCAAGUCAUGGCAUUUUACCGAAUCUCUUCCCGCCGAUUCCAUCUUCCCAACGCCUGCCGACUCCCACAAAACUCCCCGAGAUCAGAUUACACCUCGGCAAGUUCGCAAUGCCGCAUACACCUGGGUCCGGCCUGCCGAGCAGAAGGAUCCGGAGCUACUGGCCAUCAGCCCAGCUGCGUUGCGCGAUUUGGGAAUCAAGUCUGGUGAAGAGUCCACCGAUGACUUUAGACAGCUAGUAGCUGGGAACAAGUUAUAUGGCUGGGAUGAAGAGAAGCUCGAGGGCGGAUAUCCCUGGGCUCAAUGCUACGGAGGCUUCCAAUUCGGACAAUGGGCUGGCCAACUAGGCGAUGGCAGAGCUAUUUCUCUCUUUGAAACCACCAACCCUGCCUCUGGCGAGCGCUAUGAGCUUCAACUCAAGGGUGCUGGCAUGACACCUUACUCCCGGUUCGCUGAUGGAAAGGCUGUCUUACGAUCCAGUAUCCGAGAGUUCAUUGUCUCAGAAGCACUCAAUGCCCUCAAGAUCCCCACUACCAGAGCUCUAUCACUUACGCUUCUGCCAGAUUCAAAGGUUCGUCGAGAGACGAUCGAGCCGGGCGCCAUCGUUCUACGUUUUGCACAGUCGUGGUUGCGUCUUGGUAACUUUGAUAUCCUUCGAGCUAGAGGAGACCGUAAGCUCAUUAGACAACUGGCCACAUACAUCGCCGAGGACGUAUUUGGUGGCUGGGAUAAGCUGCCAGGUCGACUUGAAGACCCUGACGAGCCUGUUAAAUCAUUGGACCCCAAGCGUGGAGUUUCUUCUGAGACUAUUGAAGGAGAUAAUGGUUCUGAAGAGAACAGAUUUACGAGAUUCUAUCGUGAAGUUGUACGGCGCAAUGCCAAAGUGGUGGCCAACUGGCAAGCUUAUGGGUUUAUGAAUGGUGUUUUGAACACGGACAACACCUCGAUCUACGGGCUAUCAAUAGAUUUUGGUCCAUUUGCUUUCAUGGACAAUUUUGAUCCUGCAUAUACACCCAACCAUGAUGAUUACACCCUUCGUUAUAGUUACAGAAACCAACCCACCAUAAUCUGGUGGAACCUCGUUCGUUUUGGUGAGGCAAUCGGUGAACUGAUGGGGGCAGGCGCCAAUGUUGACGAUUCAACUUUUGUCAACGAAGGUGUUACCAAAGAGCAAGAGGCUGAAGUAGUGGCAAGGGCCGAGAAGCUUAUUACACAGGCUGGAGAAGAGUACAAGGCAGUGUUCCUCGCAGAGUACAAACGACUCAUGACUGCUCGUCUGGGUCUGAAGACACACAAGGACUCUGACUUUGAUAUCCUUUUCAGCGAGGCUCUCGACACUUUGGAGGCCCUAGAACUUGACUUUCACCACUUCUUUCGUCGUCUCAGCAAGAUCAAGUUGCAGGAUAUUGCCACGGGAGAAGCACGUAACGAGAAGGCGUCUGUGUUCUUCCACAAAGAAGGCCCCCCAACAACUAUUUCCGAAGAGGAUGCCAGAGCGCGUCUUGCGAUCUGGCUUGAAAGCUGGCGCGAGCGUAUCAUCGAAGAUUGGAAGGACGAGGGAGAGGACGUCUCAGAAUCCACAGACAGUGACAGAAUCGAGGCGAUGAAGCGAAUGAACCCCAACUUCGUUCCUCGCGGUUGGAUACUUGAUGAGCUCAUCCAACGGGUUGAGAAGGACGGUGAGCGAGAUGUGCUGAACCGCGUCAUGCAUAUGUCUCUCAAUCCAUUUGAAGAUCGCUGGGAUGGCGAGACAUUCGAUGGAAAGACGUAUAAUGGCGAUAAGGAUGAGGAGCUCCGAUGGACAGAUGAUCCCCCAAAGACCGAGCGAGCUAUGCAAUGCAGCUGCAGUUCAUAGAUAACUACAUAGACCCAAAAUGGAGACACGUACACUUUUCGGUUCAUGCAAAAUUUACAACUACUCUAAGUAUUUGGUUGGUGAUAUGUAACGACCGGCGGUAAGAGGCAGCGGUCAUGGAGAUUGGUUACUCUUCCAUGCUUCCAUAAACGGCGUGAAUAUUGAUCUUGAGCACAAGAUAGAGGAAGACUCGACUGAAGCAACAGCUCUACCGAAGCAGAUCUGUUGCGCAAGCUCACCUACAAUAAAGUGUGCCCGUGUACAAUUAAUUUGGUAGAAGGAGAAAAAUUCAAAAAGCUCCAGCAGCGAAAUGCAAAAUAUGAGGUAGGAUCC